GGCGGGGCGACAGGCAUCGGGCCCCCAAGCGGAGCGGCGAGCACCGGGCCCCCAGGAGGGGCGACAGGCAUCGGGCCCCCAGGCGGGGCGACAGGCAUCGGGCCCCCUGGCGGGGCGACAGGCAUCAGGCCCCCAGGCGGAGCGGCAGGCGCUCCGCCUGGGGGUGAUCACCUGUCGCUCCGCCUGGGGGCCCGAUGCCUGUCGCCCCGCCUGGGGGCCCGGUGCCUGUCGCCCCGCCAGGCGGAGCGGCAGGCGCCGGACCCCCAGGCGGAGCGACAGGUCUUGGGCCCCCAGGCGGAGCGGCGGGCGCCAGACCCCCAGGCGGAGCGACAGGUCUCAGGCCCCCAGGCGGAGCGGCGGGCACCGGACCCCCAGGCGGAGCGACAGGUCUCGGCCCCCAGGCGGAGCGGCGGGCGCCGGACCCCCAGGCGGAGCGACAGGUCUCAGGCCCCCAGGCGGAGCGACAGGUCUCAGCCC